AUGAGACAUACACUUGUCACCCAGCUUGGCAAACGGCCAACGCUAUCUUCGCGGUGCCAUCUACCUUCUCGCAGACGGCCUCAAGGAAAUCGAUCUACCAGCUCAGCACCGAACGGUCCUGAGAAAAACGUAUCCCCCCAGAACGCUCAAUCCAAAGCCGCACCCCCUUCAUCGACGCAAUCCUCCUGUUCCUCCGCCACCCCGCGUACAGUCCCCGCCGGUGCCAGAUCUCGAUCGCUGCGUGACGUUAUUGUGGAGGGACCUCUGGGCAAGCUCGGACGGUCAUACUCGCGGAUCCAGGAAAGAAGGCCAUAUGCGACGCAAUUCUGGAGCUCGAUUGUCGUAUACCUAUGCGGUGAUUUGAGCGCACAAGUAUUGUUUCCGUCGGAUAGCAAGUCGGCCAAGGAGACCGCUCGAGGGAAUUCUGAGUCGUCGUCAAAGACAGAGAGUGAAGACAAUGACUCUGCGACAUCCGGAGGAGGAUAUGACCCGUGGAGGACUUUGCGGCACUUGACAGUGGGCGCAGGAUCAAGUAUCCCGUCGUUCAUGUUCCUUCACCACCACUUCAAUUUCGCAUCCAAGUUCCUCUCGAUCCUUACCAAGGUCUGCGUCCAACAGGCCGUUUUCACACCCGUCUUCAACACCUAUUUCUUCAGUGUCCACUCACUGCUUUCGGGCGCGACUUUCGAGGAGACCUGGGAGCGUCUGAAGAAGGCGCUUCCGGUCAGUAUCACCAACAGCGCGAAGUUGUGGCCUGCAGUCACCGCCUUCAGCUUCAUGUACGUGCCACCUCAGUUCCGGAAUAUAUUCUCUGGGGUUAUUGCGGUUGGAUGGCAGACGUAUCUCAGCUGGUUGAACCAGAAGGCAGCGCGAGAAGUCGAGGCCAACGAGUUGGCUGAGGCAGCGGCUUCGCAGAUUGGUAUCGGCGCCCCUGCAACGCUGAAGGCAUAG